AGUUUGACACCAAAGGCAUUCACAGCCCGUAGGAUCUCCCUUAGCAGUGAGUAUACCUCCCUCUAAAUGCUCAUGCCUGUUUUGGUUGAUUGUUUUCUUCAGCCCAGUAGGUAGUCUUGGUUUUUCGUUUAAUUUGCCUGUGUGUGAGUGAGAGCCAGUUAUAGAUGCGGUGUCGUGCGUUGUCUGUGUGUGCUUGCGAUUAUGCGUUUGGCCAUGGUUCAAUUCCCGUCUGUGUUCCAGGCAGCAAGCUCUCUCAAGGUGCUGUCAGUGCAGAGGGCGAGACAGAGUCUGGGGCCGGGAGGAAGAGGAGGUGGGGAUCCAGCACUGCAGUCACAGCCAAGAAAUCAUCCAUGAGCAUCACCACAGACUCUCUGAAGGUAUAGCAUGAUCAAUUACACUGCAAAAAAUACUGUUGUACAUAUUACUUAUCUAAAACACCUUCUCAUAAUGAAUACUAACAAACCUUUUACUAUCUGUUGUUGAGUCUUGAUGCUUUUUUUCCUUUUCUUCCACCCCUAAUCUGUAAAUUCUGUUUCUCCCCAGUCUCUGAUCCCAGACAUCAGGCCAUGUCCAGGCCAGGAGGUGGUGGUGGAUCUGCACCUGGAGGAGGAUCACCUCUCUGGGGUGGAGGAGGAGGACAGGGAGCAGGGCGAGCAGGACCUCAAGAUCAGACGCACAGUCACACAGGUCAGAGUUUAACUUCACCUGUUCUGUGGACUGUACAUUUAUCUAGUUUCAAGUAGUAGGAAUGUAUUACUGGAAAUUGGUUUUGCUGCAGUCAUUAAUAAAGGUGCAUUCAGUAGGAUUUACUAUAACGGCUAACAUUCUUAAUUGACCCAAAGGUAUUAGCAUUUGUGAAUGUCAUAUUAAAACAUCUGUGUGCCGCUGCCUCCUCUUCCCCACCCACCUCUAAUGUAAUGUAGGUGGUCCCGUCAGUGACCCAGGAGAAUGGACAGAAGGAGUCCAAGAGGAGUGAACAUGAGGAGGAAGACCGAGAGCAUGGAGGGGAGGUUAAAGGAGACAGAGAGGAGAAGUUGGACGACUCAUUCCAGAGAGACUCCAUGGAGACACAAUGCCCCUCUCCCCCCAGCCAUGACAUGGAGAUGAAAACAGGUGAUAGAUUGAUCCAAAAUUAAAGAGCAACUUAACAUUUUAAACAUUUUAGUCAUUUCGCAGACGCUCUUAUCCAGAGCGACUUACAGUUAGUGAGUGCAUACAUUUUCAUACUGGCCCCCCUUGGGAAACGAACCCACAACCCUGGCAUUGCAAGCGCCCUGCUCUACCAACUGUGCUACAGGGGACUGUGUGCUUAAUUAUCAGAUCAGAUCAAAACCUCUAACCCUGGGCUACAUUCUACCCUUUGAUAUGUUGAGUGAGUUCAGGUUGAUGUAUCUCUAUCCUUUCCUCUCCUCAGUGACCCCCAGUGACACAUUGAUCCGUCGCUCCAUCAGCCAGCAGAAGUCUGGCGUGUCCAUCACCAUAGACGACCCUGUCCGCACGGCCAAGCAGCCCUCUCCUCCACGAGGCAAAAUGUCCAACAUCGUCCACGUGUCCAACCUGGUUCGGCCGUUCACCCUGGGCCAGCUGAAGGAGCUGCUCGGCAGGACCGGCACCGUGCUCGAGGACGGCUUCUGGAUCGACAAGAUCAAAUCUCACUGCUACGUCACAGUACGUCUCUGUCUGUUGGCCGUCAUCCUGAAUCCAGUGCUGCGUCUCAACCGACGUCCUAUUCUCCGUAUAGUACACUACUAUGGUCAAAGCUAGUGUAUUUGACUAUAGGGGGGAUUAGGGUGUCAUUUGAGAUGCGGCCCAGAGCAGCUCCUAUAUCUCCCUACUAUCUGUCUUAUCUAAGGCAAUCCUCACUGUCCCUAAUGGAUGUCCUGUCUUGCUCUCCUGUCUCUUCCAGUACUCCAGUGCAGAGGAGUCAAUGGCCACACGUGCAGCCCUGCAUGGGGUGAAAUGGCCUCAGAGCAACCCCAAGUUCCUCAGUGUGGACUUCAGUCAGCAAGACGAGGUAAGAGUGUCUGGGUCCUCGUGGUUUUGCCCUACCUAUGAUGGAUAUCGUUCCCCAGUUCUUUCAUGUUUCAGUUCUUAUGGUGUUCCUUAUGGUAACUCCUUUUCCUCUGUGUGUGUGUUUAGCUGGACUUCCACAGAUGCCUGCAUCCCCCUGAGAGGGCUGGGGUGUGUGAGCGGGGGGCUGCGGCGGUGCCUGUUCGAGGGGUGGCCUUGCCCCCUCUCCUGCCCGAGCGGGACCAGUGGGCGGAGCGAGAACGUGAGAUGGAGCGCAGGGAGAGGUCCCGGGCUGAGAGGGAGUGGGACAGGGACAAGGUCCGGGACUUUGGUCCAGGAAAAACUGGAGAGGAAGCGGGCCCCAGACGAUCCCGCUCCAGAGAGAGGAAACGCAAGGAGAGGAAGACGGACAAGAAAGGUGAGGAGUUGGUGAUGGAGAGAUGGGGGUUUAGAUCUGUGUCCUGUUGGGUCAACUGUAUGUUUACUCUUUGUGUUUGUGUUGUUUCUUCAGAGAAAGCUGCAGACGAACCUCCUGUCAAACUGCUGGAUGACCUGUUCAAUAAAACCAAAGCAGCCCCUUGUAUAUACUGGCUCCCCCUCACAGAAGAGCAGGUCGGUUAUACACACACAACUCAACUAUGUGAACAAGAUAAUACAUUCAUGUCUUAUUGAUGAUAUGGGGUCCACAUGUCCUUCCUUACAUUUGUUGAAAGUAUUGAUUUAAAUUGUUCACAUUCCACACCUCUGAUAUUCUCCCAUGUUCUGUCUCUGUGGCAGGUUGCACAGAAGGAAGCAGCUCGACAGGAGAGGAUGAAGGAGCGAGAGAAGAGGAGGAAAGAGCAGCAAGAGGAGGUGGAGAAGAAAAGGGAGGAAGAGCGGAAAGAAAGGAUGAAAGCCGGGAGUGCCGCAUCUGGAGAAAGAGGCGAGGGGGAGCGGUACAGAGAGAGAGAGCGGGGCAGAGACGGAGAGAGUGACAAACACAGAGAAGGUGGCUACCGCAGACCUCGGGGCAGCAGUGCAGGGGGGGGCAGACGCUCCCGCAGCCGCAGUGACACCCCACCUCGUGACAGACGAUGCUAG